CUGUAGCGGGCGGGGGGCGGAGGGAGAAGGGGGCGAUGCCCCACGCCGAGCCCAGCCCGCUGUGCUGAGCCGGCGGGGCUGGCCGAGCGGGACAUGGUGCUGGAGCCCCCCGUGACGCUGCCCGGGUGGCCGAGGGGCGGCUGCUGAGGAGCUGGAGCGAGGCCGCGGUGAGGGAGCCCCGAGGAUCCGGCUGGGGAGCCAUGGGGAGAUGCAACGGGCGAUGCACGCUGGUGGGAUUCUGCUGCCUGCAGCUGGUCGCUGCUCUGGAGAGGCAGAUCUUUGAUUUCCUGGGAUACCAGUGGGCCCCCAUCCUGGCCAACUUCCUGCACAUCAUGGCCGUGAUUUUGGGGAUUUUCGGGACCAUCCAGUACAGAUCCAGAUACCUCAUGAUGUACGCCGUGUGGUUGGUGCUGUGGGUCGGCUGGAACGCCUUCAUCAUCUGCUUCUACCUGGAGGUCGGGCGCUUGUCACAGGACCGGGAUUUCAUCAUGACCUUCAACACGUCCCUGCACCGCUCGUGGUGGAUGGAGAACGGCCCUGGCUGUUUGGUGACGCCGGUGCUCAACUCCCCGCUGGCGCCCGAGGAUCACCACGUCAUCACGGUCAGCGGCUGCCUGCUGGACUACCAGUACAUCGAGGUGGUGAGCAGCGCCACGCAGAUCUUCCUGGCGCUCUUCGGCUUCGUCUACGCCUGCUACGUCAGCAAAGUGUUCCUGGAGGAGGAGGACAGCUUUGAUUUCAUCGGUGGCUUUGACUCCUACGGCUACCAGGCACCCCAGAAGACGUCGCACCUGCAGCUACAGCCGCUCUACACCUCGGGAUAACCGGAGCCAGCGGCGCCAGGACCCCGCGGUGCCACCACCCUCUGAUGCCACCACCCCGGGGCCACGACGGCGAUCACCCGGGACGCGGCGGGGGCUGUGCCACCCCCUGGGCACCCCCUGCCCGCCGUGGGGACGCGGGGACAGCGCGGAGGUGGCAGCGCUCACGGACACCGCUGGAUGUGUCUGUCCCAGCCUGGCUUUUCCUUGGAGCAGCGGAGUUUGGGACAAGGACAAGGACAGCACCGCCCUGGGGACAGGCAGGGCUGGGACAAUGUCCUGCCACUCCGGAUCUGGCUCAGACUGGCUCCGAGCACGGGAUUUGUGCUCCAGCAGGAAUUCUCCCACCGGGAUGAAGCAGCAGCUCCAGGACUCGCCCUGGGACGCUCCGAGCAGUCGGAUCCGAGCCCUGAUUUGGGGACACAGGGGACACACGGGACCCUGAACCCCCUGCACCCCCUCCCUGCCACGUUUUGGGGCCUUGCUCCGAGCUGGGAGCCCCGAGGCUGCUGUGGCCCAUCCCCGGCCCUUGGAACGAUCUGAUGAAUGUUUUGGGUUUUGCUUUGGGAUUUUUUUUUUCUUCCAAUCAUUUCUUUGGGUUUUUAUUUAAUUUAAAGUGCCUGAGUAGACUCUGGCUGAGCAGCCCCACCCCCUCCAAGGCUGACACCGUGCCUUCAGCAGGGCUGGGACACC